UACUUCCAAUAGAAAUCCUAAAAAUUCUAGAUGAGAAGCACAUUGAUGCAAGAUUUAGUGACACUCUUGAACCAAAUUUAUAGUUCAGGGGUAUUACCCAAAGAGUGGUUAACAAGGAUUUUCAUUUGUAUCGCUAAAAAGAAAAAGGUAAGAGAAUGCAGCGAUUAUUGCACCAUUAGCUUGAUGUUUCAUAUGCUAAAGUUACUACUUAAAGUCAUCCAUAACCGAAUAAAUCACAAACUGGACAUAUACGUUAAUGAUACACAACUUGGUUUUCGCAAAGGCCUAGGAACGCGUGAACAUCUUUUUUUUUUCACUUAAUAUAUUGAUAUAAAGAUGCCUGGACGUCAAUCAAGAUAUAUAGGCAUGUUUUAUUGACUAUAAUAAAGCAUUCGAUAAAGUAGGACAUAAACAAUUAAUAAACUUCCUGAAAUCAAAGAAGAUUGACUCCAACGACUUCAGGAUCAUAUCAAAUUUAUACUAUAAACAGCGAACAAAAGUACGUGUUAACGAAUAGCUAUCAGAAGAAUUUAAAAUUAGGUGUGAACUGGAACUAAGAGUUAGGUUGGCGAGGUGCUAUGUUUUUUUGACUUUAUUUUA